GAGAGUUGAGUAUCCAAUGUAAAUAUUUGGGAGUCCAUGUCGUUAACAAAUACCCCCGGCCAGUUGUUUGCUCUCAUCAGACUAGAGAACACAUACACCAGCAUUUAUCAUUUAUACCUACUCUUUCUAAACUUGGAGAAGGUUCCAUCCUUACUCAAUACAGACCUGGAGAGCUUUCCAUCCUAUUUGAUUACAGACCUGGAGAAGUUUUCUACCUUAUACUAUAUACAUGAACAAUCAUUAUCAAAUUAGUUUGUUUUAUUCUUAAAGGAUGGAUAUACACUUUAUCCCUAGAAGAGGUUUGAUCUUAUAAUAAAUUUGCUCCGGUAAGGUUCUAAACCUAGGAGUUUAAACAUGCCACGACCAAGCAGAGAAUCCUACGGAGAUAGUAAACCUCCGUAUUCUUACAUAGCUCUGACUGCCAUGGCUCUGAUGAGAUCUCCUGACAAGAUGCUUCCACUCUCCGACAUUUACAAGUUUAUCAUGGACAAUUUUCCGUACUACAGAAAGAACACACAAAGAUGGCAGAAUUCUCUCCGACAUAAUCUAAGUUUUAACGAUUGUUUUAUCAAAAUUCCUCGUCGACCAGACAGGCCUGGUAAGGGAGCAUACUGGACUCUUCAUCCUAAAGCUAUCGCUAUGUUUGAGAACGGUUCUUUACUCCGGAGACGGAAAAGGUUUAAACUAGAUACAGAGGAGAAGGAUACUCUUGAUACUGAGCUUGCAGCUUUAGCAAACCUAAACCGUGUUUUAGCUUCUAAUUUUGGUCCUGUAGAGAACUAUCCUCCUCCCCCCUCCCACCUUCCUCACCACCUCCCCCAUCCUCAACAUUUGCCACCAAUGAUUCCGCCCUAUCAAUCCUCUUCCUACCCGGCCUUCUCCCACUCCCUCCCCGCCCCCCAUCCUAUGUGGUCUCCGCCCUCUUCUCAACCUCAUAUAAUGUCAUAUCUUCCGUCCCGCCCUCUCCGCUCCCCCUCCCUCUCCCCUCCCAGAACUGAACCUACCACGGAGACGGAGAAACCGCGGAAGAAAGCAUUUACAAUUGCUAAUCUUAUAAACGAACCAGAGGAACCGGAGAAACCGAUAAAAACCGAAAACCCGGAAGAAAAUUCGUUAAAUUUGAGUGAUGAAAGUGAUCAUUUUGGAAUUUCUCCGAACCAAGGAAUUCUUCAUUCUCCUCCAGUUCCUCAUAUGCUUCCUUUCCGUCAACCGUUCUUCUUUCCUCCUGCUCAUCUUCAUCUACUAUCCAGGGAGUUCCAGCUUCAAGCUUCAGGUGGAGCAGGGAUCAGUUUUCCUCCACUCUCUCUUCCUAACUCCAGCAGUCAUUUUUUAGGAGAUGAGUCGGGGGACACUGAAAGGUGUGGCAGCCCCCCGACUCCACCCACCAGCCACGCCCUAGUCCCAGCAGGGCAGCUUAGUCCAGCCCUAAACCUUCCUUCCUUUCCUGGACUCUUGGAUAAGGUUCGAAAACUGCAGAACCUCCGGGAUUCAUUUUCUUCUCCCCCUCAACACGAACCAGUUAAACCAUUCAGGUUCAGUCCGGAUCUCAGAUCAGUGUAAACUCCAAUGCAAAGUGGUUUAAGGACAUCAUCAACUGUAAAUGUUGUAGCAUAAACAAGAUCUGAAAACCUAUGUAUCUCACUCUGUAGCUGUGCAAAAUUUUGAUCCAUAAGAAUGCAAAAUUUCUUCCACUUCUUGCUGGAUUUUCUCAAAACUGUUUUCCAGACUUCCUGCUAAAUUCAUGUAGCUCGUAGAGUUUCACUUCUUAGUCCCCGGAUUGUCGAGUAGUUCCCGGAUUUUCACCAAUAUAUUGUUAAAAAAAAUUUCCGGAAUUUUAUAAAUUUUGAAUUCCCGGAUUUCUGUUCGUUGCUGUUAUACCUAUCUGUUAAUCAUGUUAACAUUAAUAUUAUUUAUUAUGCUUCACACUCACCCUAACUGUUAUAGAUGAAAUUAUUAAUAAAGAAGAUUGAGAUUGA